AUGGAACAUUCUGCCAUUUCUGACCUAAAUCUAUUGGUGAAUAUUUUGACACAUACAGCAGAAGUAGUUAGUAAAAGUGACAAGCAGCGCUCAGCAAUUGCAACCUUAAAAGAAAGGCAUAGGGCCCAAGAUUGGAAGGAGCGUCUAGAUCGAGAGGAGUUAAGUUGUCCAACUGAAAAACUUGUUCAUAGCAACGGUGAGGACAUGGAGGUCCUAGAAAUUGCAGAUAUGAGCAAGCAUCCAUCUGAUUUUGAUGGUAAAAUUGAGAUGUCAAAAAGUGACAUAGAAGGGGCUACUUGUCCUGGUUUCUCCACAGAACAAGAAACAGAAGAAACAGGCAGUGCUUUAUGGGACAUUUUUCGGAGGGAAGAUGUUCCUCAAUUAGAGCAAUAUCUUAGAAACCAUGCAAACGAAUUUAGGCACACCUAUUGUUCACCUGUUGAACAGGUUGUCCACCCAAUUCAUGACCAAUCCUUUUAUUUAACUUUGGAGCACAAAAGGAAGCUAAAGGAAGAAUUUGGUGUUGAACCGUGGACCUUUGUGCAAAGGCUUGGGGAAGCAGUAUUUAUACCUGCUGGAUGCCCGCACCAAGUUAGGAAUCUCAAGGUGGGGAUUCAAUCACAUGCAGUGGAUAUUAGUGCAGCUACUUGAACGUGAGAGGUAGGGUCC